AUGAAUCUCUUCCUUGCAGGAUGGACGGCUAAAAAGUUCGGUCCCCGUGCUGCUCUGCUGGUGCAGAUCUUUAUCCCGGCCAUCCGAGUGGUGACACAAAUUCUUGGUGUUCUGGCAGGCAAACGAGAGGGAAUGUUGAUCAUACAAGCCACUCAAUUGAUCACCAUUCUCGGGGGCCCAGCUGGUUACAUUCUCGUGAUCAAUAUUAUCGCAGGCGAAGUCGUCGAGCCGAUAAGACGAACAGCUGUUUUUGGAAGGCUUCAAGGCGCUAUUAUGCUGGGACAAGGCAUUGGAUAUCUCACUGGUGGUAUGCUCGGUGAUAUUGACAUAAAAGCACCCUUCGAGACAUCCUUCUGUUGCUUCAUCCUCUCAGGUAUCUACGCAUGGAGCGCACUGCCCUACAUUUCACCAGAGUCCAUGGCCGAUGGUACAAAGGGCCCGACAGGCUUCCUCACUCCUCUAAAGAUUCUAACACCUCAGAAACUUCGCCUCACGGAUGGGAGAACGAAGAAGCACCUCGGUGUGGUCUUUCUCUGCGCUGGUAUCUUUCUCGGUGUCCUAGCAACAGACUAUGCUCCUCUUCUUAUCCAGAUGUACGCGACCGCUGCCUUCAGCUUUACUCAGGGAGACAACGGCUGGCUCAUGUCCGAGUUUGCUAUCAUGAGAAGUUUCUUCUUGAUCUUCCUGUUCCCUCGUAUCAUUGCAUGGGGACGUGGCUGGUAUGUCAAAUCCGAUAGGAGCACAGAGGAAGAAGUCGAUGAGACGGCCACACAGCAUAUUCCGACAACAGCGGGAGAGUUUGAUGCGACUGUCGGUGAACAAGCGGAUCAUGAGCCUUACCGUGCUGUGAGCUCGAACAAGGAAGAUGAAGGAACUCGGUUCGACCUUGUCUUCCUGCGAUAUAGCUUAGUGGUGGAUGGCAUUCUCACUACAGUCUCGGCGUUUGCAACGCAACGAUGGCACAUUUAUCUUGCCGCCUUCCUUCUUCCAUUCGGCUCAGGAACCGCCCCUGCUGCCAAGGGAGUCGUCACACAAAUGUGUCCGGAUUCGCAACGUGCCGAUGCUCUCAAUGCUGUCACUCUAGUAGAGAACAUAGCACGGCUUGCUACACAGGGUUUGUUUGGCUUCAUCUUCGCGAGCCUGGCACAGGUUGGCAAAGCCUAUGCUACCUUUUUCUGCAAUGCGGCUAUUGCAAUGAUCGGUAUGGCAGUUCUGCUGUUUUCUAACUUCCCACCUCUUGGGAGCACAUUGAUUGAGAAGGAUGACGAAGAGGGGGAAGAACAGGCUGACGCUCCGGAGGACGAGCCGUUGCUUAAUGAUAGAGACUGA